CUAUGGCCACCACAAACUUCCCAAAUCUCAACAACAACAACAAUCUAACAGUACUCUGAACUCAAUAUUGGUGGUUCUUGGGAUGUGGAAUAAUAGUACUGGGAUAUCCAACAGUGACGAUGAUUCAUGGGAAGUUCGGGCAUUUGCAGAGGAUACUAAUAUGGGCACAACUUGGCCUCCUCGAUCUUACACUUGUACGUUUUGCCGUCGUGAAUUUAGGUCGGCCCAAGCACUUGGAGGUCAUAUGAACGUACACCGUCGUGACCGUGCAAGACUUAGGCAAUCUCCGCCGCCAACUGUCUCACCAUCUUAUCCAUGUUCAGUUACUACUACAUCAGCAGCAGCAGCAUCAACUCUUAUGUUUCCAACUGAAACAUUUCUCGCCGCGGCCAACAACGGUGGUUUGUGUGUUUUCUAUCCUUUAUCAUUAGCAAGUAAUGAUAAUAAUAUUAGUCAUAGAAGUACUACUGCUGCUGAUAUAUUUAAAGCAACAUUCGUUAAUGGAUGUAGUAGUAUUACUGCUGAGAUUUCUCCUUCUCCUUUACUAUCAGUGUCAAAUUAUCCUACACAAGAUAUUUUGAAAUCUCCGACAACAACAACAACAACAUCGACUAUUUGUCCACCCACAGUUAGUUUUGCUAGGGUUACGGAACAAAUUGGAGAGACUUUGACAUUUAUUGAGAGUCAUGAAAAUGAAGAUGGUGACAAUAAUGAGAACGAGAAUAAGAACUCCCAAUAUAAUCAUCAGACAAAGUGCAACCACAACAAUCGUAAUAAUACGCAAUUAUUCGAAGAAUUGGAUCUAGAACUUCGACUUGGAUCCUCGAGGAUACUCAAAUUUGCGCUGCUUAUCUUUGAAAAUUGGAGGCGAAUGUGAUAGGGA